ACCGAGAUACUCUCUUCUCAAAUCUCAAUUAAAAAUGGCAUUAGAAGAAGAAGCAGUAGUUGUGAACAUGGAGAGCAUACAACAAAAUCAUGUUUCUGAUCAUCCUAGAGUACCAAUCCAAGAGAAGAAACAGCUUUCGUUGCAAAAGUAUCGAAGAAACGAUUCUCUUGAAAUGGAAUCUCGCACCAUCUCCCAUGCCCGUUACUCUAAAGGACCAUCAACGGCAAUAAUACUUCAACUGGCGUUUCAAAGUAUCGGAAUAGUGUACGGAGACAUCGGAACGUCCCCAUUGUAUGUGUUCUCGAGCACCUUCACUGAUGGCAUAAAGCACAAUGAUGAUAUCUUGGGAGUUCUUUCCUUAAUCUUUUACACUCUCACUCUCAUCCCUCUUCUCAAGUAUGUCUUCUUCGUCCUAAGGGCCACCGAUAAUGGGGAUGGUGGAACUUUUGCUUUGUACUCUCUAAUAUGCCGUUACGCUAGAGUGGGACUUAUUCCGAAUCAACAACUAGAGGACGCAGAUGUGUCCAAUUAUCAGCUGCAAUUGCCAAACAACCGCCGUGAGAAAAGAGCAUCAAAGGUUAAAUCUAUACUUGAGAACAGUCACUUCAUCAAGCUCUUCCUCUUAUUUGCUACUAUGCUUGGCACUUCCAUGGUCAUUGGUGAUGGUGUUCUCACCCCUUGCAUCUCUGUUUUAUCAGCUGUUGGAGGGAUCAAGCAAGCUGAUAGUCAAAUAACUGACGAUCAAAUUGUUUUGAUAUCAGUUGCUAUCUUGAUUGGCCUUUUCAUGGUUCAGAGGUUUGGAACUGACAAAGUGGGUUACAGUUUUGCUCCCAUUAUUUGUAUAUGGUUCACAUUCAUUGGAGGUAUUGGCAUCUACAAUUUCAUCACGCAUGAUGCAUCAGUUAUAAAAGCAAUAAAUCCAAAAUACAUAGUAGAUUAUUUCAUCAGGAAUAAAAAAGAUGCUUGGAUUUCUCUUGGUGGUGUUGUGUUGUCUAUAACAGGAACUGAAGCACUAUUUGCUGAUGUUGGACACUUUACGGUUCGGUCUAUACAGAUAAGUAUGUGUUCUGUGACUUACCCUGCUCUCAUUUUGGCUUAUGCUGGACAAGCAUCUUUUCUUCGCAAAAACAAUGAUCUUGUCGGUGAGACAUUCUAUAAGUCUAUACCAGACUCUCUAUAUUGGCCAAUGUUUGUGAUUGCUGUUCUGGCAGCAAUUAUUGCUUCUCAAGCCAUGAUAUCAGGGACUUUCUCUAUAAUCCAACAAUCCUUAUCAUUGGGAUGUUUUCCUCGUGUGCAAAUUGUACAUACAUCAGCCAAGUAUGAAGGACAGGUUUAUAUCCCAGAAGUUAAUUACAUCCUCAUGAUUGCUUGUAUUGCCAUCACUGUUGGUUUCAAAACCACAGCAAAAAUUGGCAAUGCUUAUGGGAUAGCAGUGGUAUUUGUGAUGACACUAACAUCCGCAUUUCUCAUACUAAUCAUGAUCAUGAUAUGGAAGACUCACAUACUUUUGAUCAUUAGCUAUGUUCUCGUCAUUGGUUCAGUGGAGCUUCUUUAUUUAAGUUCAGUUUUAUACAAAUUUGACCAAGGAGGUUAUCUUCCUCUUGCAUUUGCGGCGAUUCUAAUGUUCGUCAUGUAUGUAUGGAAUAACGUGUACCGAAAAAAAUACUAUUACGAACUUGAUCACAAGAUUUCACCUGAGAAGCUCAGAGAGGUUGUUUGUGACACAAGUUUAUGUCGAUUGCCCGGCCUUGCAAUGUUUUAUUCUGAGCUUGUUCAAGGCAUUCCACCAAUUUUCAAACAUUAUGUUGCAAAUGUGCCUGCACUACACUCUGUCCUUGUUUUCGUUUCAAUCAAAUCCUUGCCUAUUAGUAAAGUCCCAGUGGAAGAAAGGUUCCUUUUUCGCCGAGUACAACCUAAAGAACUCAAUGUAUUUCGAUGUGUUGUUCGAUACGGAUACACCGAUACGCGCAAUGAGCAAGAGCCUUUUGAGAAAAUAAUGGUUGAGAGGUUGAAGGAAUUUAUUGUUAAGGAAUACUAUUGGUCUCAAAAAGUAAUACAAGAUGGUAAAAAUGAUGAAAACUUGAAUGUUGAUGAAGCACAAGAAGUUAUUGAUGAAGAAAGAGUACAAGAGGAAAUUGAAAAAGAGAUUGAGGCAGUUGAAAAAGCAUCAAGGGCUGGUGUUGUUCACUUGAUUGGUGAAAAUGAGGUGAUUGCUGGUAAAGGAGCUGACAUUGGAAAGAGAAUUUUGAUUGAUUAUGCUUACCAUUUCUUGAAGAAAAAUUUGAGGCAGAGUGAAAAAUUAUUUGAUAUUCCUCAUAAACGUAUGGUUAAAGUGGGAAUGACUUAUGAGCUAUAAGUUUAAAUAAAAUUGUGUACAGAUAACAUUGGAAGAAAGGGACAAAUAAAAAACCGUCCCAUGGUGUAUUUUGUCUAAAAUUUAAA